AAGAAUUAAGUACAUUCCAAAUUAUACCAUUCAAAUUUUUUUAAUUGAGAAGUGUUGUCCUCAAUCUCCAACUUGAAACUAAAAAUCAAAGUCUAAUAUAUUUUCCCAAAAAGUAUAUCUGUGAAGUUCAAAUUUGACAAUAGUCUAUAGAGAAAUACAUGACUCGAAAGGAGAGAAAAUAUUUUUGGUUACAAUUUACUGCUGCGAUUGUUGCGUCUGUAACAGCAGCUGGGUAUGGAUCUAUAUUAUCAUGGACUUCACCAGCAUUGCCUUUUUUGGAAACCAAAAAAUCAAAUCUGCACUUGUCAAAGGAUCAAAUUUCUUGGAUAGCACCCUUACUCCCAAUAGGCCUAAUGAUUGGAAAUUUUCUAAAUCCACUUUAUGUUGAUCGAAUUGGUCGAAAAUGGACAUUGCUGGUAUUUGCAAUACCUCAAAUUAUCUCUUGGCUUUUUAUUUUAUUAACAAAAAACUACAUAGUCAUCUACAUCGCAAGAAUUUUGGGAGGAAUAGGAUAUGGUUCAGGAAUUUGUGCGGUUACAAUCUACCUUUCGGAAAUUGGGAAUCGAAAAACUCGAGGAACAUUUAUAGCAUUCGUCAAGUUUUCUACAAGCGUCGGAAUUUUAUUCACAAUGGUUCUAGGAGCAGCUUUACCAUAUUUCUAUAUGAAUCUCGGCCAUCUCAUUGUACCAAUUCUAUUUGUGCUCACAUUCUUCUUUUUGCCGGACUCCUCCUACUUUUUGGAAAUAAACAAUCAGGAGGAACAAAUGAAACUUAAUUUAUUCAAACUAGAAGAGGCUGAUGAGGAAAAAGCAAAAUUGAAUGGAAACUACAUAGCUACAGAAGUUCCCCUUUGCAAGGAAGAUUCUGCUCUAAAAGAGGAUUUGAAUCCAAAAAAAGUUUCUGUCAAGCUGAAAGAAUCCAGUUUUUGGAAGUUAUUUUCACUCUCAGGAAACCUUAGAGCCUUAGCAAUAAUUUUUCUUUUGAAUGCCCAUGAUGGACUUUCGGGUCAUAUAUCUUUAAGAUAUUUUACUCAAGAAAUGUUAACUCAUGAGGGAUCUUUUUUACAAGCAGAUAAAGCAGCUGUUGGAUUAGCAAUUGUGAAAUUAUUAGCUUCUGUGAUAGCAACUCAAGUCAUAGAAAGGAUGCAAAGAAGAACUCUUUUUUUUUCUUCCGGGAUAGUAGCUUCUUUAGCGGAUGCAAUGGUGGGGAUUUUUUUUUACUUGGAAGAAUCCAAAAUUAAUGUUUCUUCAAUUAACUUUUUUCCUUUCUUGGGAUUGAUAAUCUACGAGUUUGCAGUUACUGUCGGCACGAGUAAUUUAUUUUAUGUUUAUCUUGGAGAAUUUUUUUCUCAUGAUGUCAAAGGAAUGGCUGUGACUUAUGGGAAAAUAAUACAUAUGAUUUUUGGCUUUUUGUCUGCUUUAUUUUAUCAAAUAUUACACGAUUCUGUUUGUCCUUCUGUGAUAUUUUUUAUUUUUUCUAUCUGUGGUGCUGUUAUUACUUGUAUUACUGUUCUUAUAACCCCUGAAACGAGGGGGAAGAGUUUGAAGGAUAUUCAACUCUUAUUGCAGAAAAAACCAUUUUUCUAA